CCGGCAGUCGCUGCCUUGCCGUUGCCGAGUUGACUUCGAGGGUGGCCACUGGCCACGGCACCUUUAUAUGAAGAGCUGAGAAUUGGGCAGGGAUCCUGCACAACAUUCAGUUUCCUGCAACAGAGUACCCUUCUCCUGACACGCAAAGUCUGCAUCAUCUCACAAUGUCGAAGAAGAUAGUGAUCAAGGCCGACCUCGUCGGCAACGCCUGCAUGAGCGACAUCCUGUCGGUGGUCGCGACGCUCCAGGGUAUCAAGUCGAUGGACAUCGACGCCGACAAGUGCACGCUGACGGUGGUCGGCACCGCCGACCCGGUGCGCAUCGCGCAGAGGCUCAAGAAGAAGUGCUUCGCCGCGACCAUCGUCAGCGUGGCCGACGACAAGCCCAAGCCGCCGGAGCCGAAGAAGGACACCUGCAAGGAGGUGUGCGAGAAGCUCUGCAAGGAGAGGUGCGACAAGCUGUCCUGCUGCAAGGAGUGCAAGGACAAGUGCGAGAAGGCGUGCAAGGAGGGGUGCGAGAGCCGCUGCAAGGCGUGGCUCGAGGGGUGCUCCUGCUCCUGCAGCCGCUGCAGCCCGAGCACGGGCUUCUGCUACACGCCCGGCUACCCCUACUGCGGGUGCGGGCGCGGGCGCGGCUGCGGCAGCUGGCCCGGGCCCUUUGGCUGCUAGGAAGAGAGAGGUCGCCGGGAGGAGGAGGUCAGAAAUCAGAAGGCACCAUCCACGUCAAUGAAUUUCACCAUGUACCUUCUUGUGCGUUUUCACUGCUUUUGGUUUCCUUUUUACUAUGCACAUGUCACCUGAGACUCUGUGGGUGAUUAGGUCAACUAUUAUGCAUUGUUGCUUGUGCCUUUGUUGUGUACAUGUAAAAUAAUGUGUUAGACAAUUUCCUCUUUGAAGAAGUAAAGACUCUGGAGUGUGGAGUCUGGCUAACCGCCAACCCAA